AUGCUUGCCAGUUCUCUUCAACCGCAGCCACACUACUCAGCCUUCCGUGCUCCACGCGAUUCCAGCAAUUCUCCCUCGUGCCGCUCAGCCUAUAACAACAACACGACGUCACCUCUGCUCACCCCAUCUCCUUUGCGCCAGCGACAAUCUUCGUUUGCUACCUCUGAGGACGCCAUGUUCCUACACUCACCGUUUCGAUCACCCAAUCCGCGCCACGAUUUUGACGACGAGGACGGAGGCGCAUUCUUCGCAUCCCCGACCAUCCAACCCAUGCGCACGCCACUCCGGCCGACCCUCAACACGCGACAACUCAAUCAGGAGUCCCCGUUUUCCAGCACUCGAGCGGUCCUGGGCACGAAGCGCAAGCCGGGGCCCGCCGGCUCCCCCAUCAGCCUCCUCACCCCGCUGACCACGACAAAGGGCGAAUCGUCCUUCGAUCGCCUCGCUCCCCUACCAGCCCCGCUAUUCAGCGGGCGGACACCCCGGAGCACCGCGGAGACGGACAGCUUCCUGCAGCGCCAGACUCGGACGAUGACGCGUCUCAAUAUUGGGGAGCUGGGAGUGGAAAACAUGGGGGACGUGACGGAGUCGGAGGACGAGCUCGGAGCAGAUGUGCGAGUGGACUUGUUCGCCGCCGCGCGCAGUUCGGCCAGGAAGGCGGAGCAAGACGGGGAAGAGGUGGCGGAAGCGAUAUCGCCUGACGGACGGGUGACGAAGCGUCGUGCGCGCUCGCGACCGGUGUCCGCAGAACUCAUGGAAUGUGCGAAAUCUCCGUCACUCUUUGCGCCUAGUAACGCCUCGCCUCGCGUUACGCCGCUGGUCUUUCCCAAGCUGGACUUCAACCAAGACUCACCCUCCAUGACUCGUUUCCGGACCCGCCAGGACUCGUUAUCGUCCCAUUGGUCCCCAUCAUCCUCGUCCGACAUGGGUUCCCCAAGCCCACGUCAGCGCUCGCGGGCGUUGCACACCCUGACCAGCAAUGCUGUCGUUCGCCGCAUUCCCAUGGACAGGAUGGCUAGUACCAGCUCGGCUACCUUAUUCUUUGGUCCCGCGAUACCUGUUGAUCCGAAAGAUCGUACCAAGAACCGUCGAUCCCUGGUCGACACCGAGGGAAACGGUUCCAAAACCGGUUUCUUGAACAAUCCCUCCGGCGUGACUCAACCUCCUACGUUCUCCAACCCCGAACGCCAUGGGCUCCCCAACCGUCACAGCUAUGCUGGGUUCGGCAGUCACCCGACCUGGCUCAACUCGCCUUCGACGUCUCCCCACAAACCCGUCCGAUCUUCUACCGAAGGUGCGGUGCCUCAAACGAGGGAGGACGCCGACGAGGACAUGUUUUUCUCCGGCGCAAGCGACAAUUCGUUCUCGUUCAGCUUUGAUUCUCCCGACAAGCAUGGGCGACGGCCCAGUCUCCCGUUGAAGUUCAAGGAUUCGUCGGAAGACUCCGGCGUCGUCCUCAGCGAUGAGGAACGUGGCCCGAGCUUGCUCGAAGGCCGGAGACGCAGCGCUCGUUUGACUCUCCCUAGCGCGUCGACUAGCGUCAGUACCAUCCAGACUCAGAGCAGUGGCGACGAGAACAUGUUCGCCAGUGGCUUUGUCACUCCUCUCGAACCUCAUGCGCACUCGGGUUGGCCGACCGUGGUCGGAAUAGCGAGCGAUGACGAUGACGAAGUUGAUGACCGCUCGACCGCCAGUCGUGACUCGCAGGUGGUCGAUGCGUUCAUCAUGCGUGCGUUGGCUACCGGCGCCAAAGAUACCGGGCCGAAGAAAGCUCCCGGUACUCCGACGAAGAAGAACAAAACGUUUGUAGGUGCCAAACGGCCGUGGCAGAGCGCCGUUGCGCAGAAGAUCGGUCUGAAGGGUUUCGGUGACGAUUCCGAGGACAAAGGGAAAUCAGUGAAGAAGAAGGCACCGCGGAAGAGCAUGCCUGCCGUGUUCGGCCUCUCUGCUCACGCGAAAGAGAAGAGUCAUGUCAGCGACGACGAGGAUGACGAGGACGAGCUGAGUCCGAGCUCGCGGAAGGCCGGGACCAACUUGUACGCUGGUCUGGGUCUGGGUCGUCCCUCGGGCGCGAAGCCACGGCACAGCAAUCAGUCGAGCGUUGGCAGCGUCGCCGGGCGGGCCAGGUGGCUCAUGCGCAGGAGCAGCAGUGGCGCGUUCUCGUUCUCGAGCGGUAGUGAAACAGGUUCGAACGUCGGAACCCCCAUUGGGCUCAAGGGCCACAACUGGCGCUUACCACCGCCUCCCGUCCCUGCCUUCAGCCCGGCUCGAGCACAGCCCGCCGCGCUCCGUUCCGGCUCUAACACAUCCACCUCCAGCGGGACGGUCACCACGGGUUUGACCUCUCCGGUGCAGCGCAAGUCUCGCGUGGAGCAGGGUCAGCCGAACGCCGCUCCGCGCACACACUCGCGAAGCCGAUCGAUGCACCCGCCGCCCCGCCUUUCUACGGCGGAAGAGCGGCCUGGAAAGUUUGAGCGCGACUUCGAGGUGAUCAAUGACCUGGGCAGCGGAGAGUUCGGCAAGGCCUCCAAAGUGCGAUACCGAAACUCUGCGGAUGCCCGGGUGUUCGCGAUCAAGAAAUCUCGGAGGUUCGAAGGAAUGAAGCACAGGCUCCGAUUGCGAGAGGAGGUCGAUGUCCUUCGCCAUCUUUCGCAGGCUGCGCGAGAGGAGGGUUUGGGCGACCAUCACCCGAACGUGCUUGGAUACGUUGAUUCCUGGGAGGAGGACGAGACGCUCUUCAUCCAAACCGAGCUGUGCGACAUGGGAAACUUCGCUCACUUCCUGUGGGAGUACGGCCGAGUUUUCCCACGGCUCGAUGAAGGCCGCGUCUGGAAGAUCCUUGCCGAUCUGAGCAAUGGCCUCCGGUUCAUCCACGAACAUGGCGUACUGCACCUCGAUUUGAAGCCGGCGAACAUCUUCUUGACCGGUGAAGGCCGAUUCAAGAUCGGAGACUUUGGUAUGGCGACGCUGUGGCCGCGCCAGGGCACUGCCCAGGUCGGGUUCGAGCGCGAGGGCGACAAGGUUUACCUCGCUCCCGAAGUGCUUCAGGGCCGGUAUGGGAAGGCAGCGGACGUGUUCAGCCUUGGCGUAAUCAUGCUUGAGGCGGCUUGCAACAUCGUCGUGCCUGACCAAGGCGAACCUUGGCAGCGGCUUCGGCAGGAAGACUUUAGCCAGGUGGACCUGGACGAGAGCCCGGAGCUCCUAGGCGUCAUCAAGGGCAUGAUGCGCACCGAUCCGGCCCUGCGCGUGACCGCGCGGACCGUGUGGGCGCAUCCGGUCGUGGCGCGGGCACGGGCGGCGAUGGCGCGCACGCGGGAGGAGGCGCGGCGGAAGGGCGCGAGCCUGUUCGCGGCCAGCCCGCUCGCGGGCGAUCCCGAGGGCUUCCUGGAGGCGAUUUUAGGCGCGGGAGGACGGAGAACGGCGGAGGCGGAUGAUGGGGGCGCUGCGAUGGACGUUGACGCCGAUGCGUGA